AUGAAAAUAAUGAAUAUUUAUGUAAUAUUCAUAUACACAUUUAUAUUCGUUAUUCUUAAAUCUUCAAAUUGUUCUGAUCAAUAUCCUGGAUAUUCAACUCCAGAUGAUACAGAAGAUGAAGAUAAUAAUUUUGAUGUAUCACAAUCGGGACACCCUCAUGAACAACAGUAUCAACCACCUACUCCCCAUACCACACAACCACCACCUACACAACCAGAACCUGUAACCUAUCCUGGAAUUCAAUAUCCAGUAUAUCAGCCUCAACCUCAACAACCAUAUCCAGGAUAUCAACCUGUACCUUAUGAACAGUAUCAACCUUAUAUACCAUACCAACCUCCUCAACCAGAUCAACCUUAUCAACCUCCACCUCAGACUACACAACAAAUACUAGUAACUUAUCCUGGAGUUCAAUAUCCAGGAUAUCAGCCUGAACCUUAUCAACAUUAUUAUCCUGAACCAUAUCAACAGUAUCCAGGAUACCAACCACAACCACCUACACACUAUCAACCCACUACUAUACAAUAUCAACCACAACCACCUUAUCAGCCUCCUCAACAACAACCUAUAUUACAACCACAACAACAACCAUAUUAUACUGGAUACAGACCUACACCAACAAGAGAUCCUUCACAACUACAGAAAGAAUAUGAUCAAUUACCAGAUAAAUUAACUUCUGCCACAAAAUAUAAAGAAACAAGACAAAAAGAAUUGGACUUUAUAAAAUUGUAUAAAAAAAGUAAAAAAGGCAAGUUAGUUCUAAUGACUGAAAAUGACUACAGAAAAGUAUUUUCAAAUAUGUUUGUGACUAAAUAUAAACUCAAAUCUGAACUUGAAAUGUUAAUUUGUAACGCUGAUACUGUUUAUAUUCAUAAAACUGGAAACGCAUAUUGUACAUCAAUAACUUAUAACAAAAAGACUAAUUGUUUUAUUUUAACCCGUAAUGAUGGAUUUCUUUAUAUCAAAUUAGAUGAUGGGAGAUGGAGACUAAAAUAUAGAAGUUUUCCAGAUUAUGUUAAACUGUAUACUCAUGAUUCAUAUGGUAAUGAUGUUGAACUUAAUGAUGAAUUUUAUUAUCUAGAACUAACUUCAAAGGGUUCAUUUAAAUAUAGAAUUAAAGAUGAUAUAAGGUGUACUAAAAUCAUAGUUAAACAAAUGUUAGUUUGGAAACAGCGUGAUCUUGAUGAACCAUUUCCUAAUGUAAUAUCUGUUACAAUCAAAAUGAAUGUGGUUCUUCAUUAUGAAAAUUAUGUUAUAAUAUAUGGUAUUGUUAGAAGACAAUUUAAGAGAUUAUACAUUAAACCAAAUAAAGCAGGUUUUAAUGAAUAUUAA